ACAAGGACAGUAAAGAAGGAUGACGUCCAACAGAUGAAUCCACCCAAGUAUGAGAAGAUCGACGACAUGGCCAACAUGACCUACCUGAACGAGGCCUCAGUCCUGCACAACUUGAAGAGCCGUUACUCUGCCGGCCUCAUCUAUACCUACUCUGGCUUGUUCUGUGUGGCUGUGAACCCCUACCGACGCCUGCCCAUCUACACCCAGAAGAUCAUCAACGCCUACAGGGGCAGGCGAAAGGCUGAGAUGCCUCCUCAUCUCUUCUCCGUCUCCGACAACGCCUACCAGAACAUGUUGCAGGAUCGUGAGAACCAGUCCAUGUUGAUCACUGGCGAGUCUGGAGCCGGAAAGACAGAAAACACGAAGAAAGUAAUCAUGUACUUCGCCAACGUUGCUGCAGGAAAGAAGGAGAAAGACGAGGAUGCCGAGGCCAAGAAGAUUGGCUCCCUUGAGGAUCAGAUUAUCCAAGCCAACCCGGUACUGGAGGCCUACGGUAACGCCAAAACCACACGUAAUAACAACUCGUCUCGAUUUGGUAAAUUCAUCCGUAUUCACUUCGGCCCUCAAGGAAAAAUCGCUGGCGCUGAUAUUGAGACCUAUUUGCUGGAGAAGUCUAGAGUCACCUUCCAGCAGCCGGUAGAGCGUAACUACCACAUCUUCUAUCAACUGUUGUCUCCCACCUUAACCCAUCUACAUGAGAAACUGUUGCUGAGCCCAGACCCUGCCCUCUACACGUUCAUCAACCAAGGAUCGCUGAUUGUCGAUGGCAUUGAUGACACUGAGGAGAUGAAAAUCACCGAUGAAGCCUUUGAUGUGUUGGGCUUCUCGCCCGAGGAGAAGACCUCCCUUUACCGGUGUACGGCCGCCAUCAUUCACUUUGGCGAGAUGAAGUUCAAGCAGAGACCCAGAGAGGAACAAGCCGAGGCUGAUGGCACAGCUGAAGCCGAAAAGGUUGCCUUCCUGCUGGGCAUCAACGCCGGAGACCUUCUCAAGGGUCUUCUGAAACCCAAGAUCAAGGUCGGUACAGAGUUCGUGACUCAAGGCCGUAACCUCAACCAGGUGACCUACUCAGUCGCUGCCUUGGCCAAGUCUGUGUAUGACCGCAUGUUCGGAUGGCUGGUCAAGCGUGUCAACAAGACUCUGGAUACCAAGAACAAGAGGCAGUUCUUCAUUGGUGUCUUGGACAUUGCCGGAUUUGAGAUCUUCGAUUACAACAGUUUCGAGCAGCUCUGCAUAAACUACACCAACGAGCGCCUGCAGCAGUUCUUCAACCACCACAUGUUCAUCCUGGAGCAGGAGGAGUACAAGAAGGAGGGCAUCGACUGGGAGUUCAUUGACUUCGGUAUGGACUUGCAGGCAGCCAUUGAUCUCAUUGAGAAGCCUAUGGGCAUCUUGUCCAUCCUUGAGGAAGAGUGCAUGUUCCCUAAGGCUAGUGACAAGACCUUCCUGGAGAAGCUGAACAACAACCAUCUGGGCAAGUCCAAGAACUUCAGCAAGGCGGGCAAGCCCAAAAAACCUGGCCAGGUUGAGGCCCACUUUGAGCUGCAUCAUUAUGCUGGCAGUGUGCCCUACAACAUUACUGGCUGGCUGGAGAAGAACAAGGAUCCAUUGAACGAGACUGUGGUCGAGUUGUUAGCACACUCCAAGGAGGCGCUUGUGUGUAUUCUCUUCGCCUCUCCUGAACCUGAGGCCGGAGGAGGUGCUGGAAAGAAGAAGAAAUCCACUGCCUUCCAAACCAUUUCUUCCGUCCACAAGGAAUCUCUGAACAAGCUGAUGAAGAAUCUGUACAGCACACAUCCUCACUUUGUGCGUUGUAUCAUCCCCAACGAGUUCAAACAGCCAGGUGCGAUCGACUCUCACUUGGUCAUGCACCAGUUGCAGUGUAACGGUGUGCUUGAGGGCAUUCGUAUCUGCCGAAAGGGAUUCCCCAACAGGAUCAUCUACUCAGAGUUCAAGCAACGUUACUCCAUCCUGGCUCCCAACGCUAUUCCUCAAGGAUUCGUUGAUGGCAAGAAGGUGACGGAGAACAUUCUCGUGGCCCUUCAGUUGGAUCCAGCCGAGUACCGUCUGGGAACAACCAAGGUGUUCUUCAAGGCUGGUGUGUUAGGUACCCUUGAAGACAUGAGAGACGAGCGUCUGUCCAAGAUCAUCUCCAUGUUCCAGGCCCACAUCCGCGGCUAUCUCAUGAGGAAGUCCUACAAGAAACUGCAGGACCAGAGAGUCGGGUUGAGUGUCAUUCAGAGGAACAUCCGCAAGUGGCUGGGUCUGAAGAACUGGCUGUGGUGGAGACUGUAUGUCAAGGUCAAGCCCCUUCUGAACGUGGCCCGCGCCGAAGACGAUAUGAAGAUGAAGGAGGAAGAGUUGGCCAAGACAAAGGCAGAGCUGGAGAAGACUGAGAAGCUGCGCAAGGAGCUGGAGGAGCAGAACGUCGGACUUCUGCAGGCCAAGAACGACUUGUACAUCCAGCUGCAGGCCGAGCAGGACAAUCUCAUCGACGCCGAGGAGAAGAUCGAGAAGCUCAUCUCCCAGAAGGUUGAGUACGAGCAACAGCUCAAGGAGCUGGAGGAGAGACUGCUGGAUGAGGAGGAUGCUGCCGCAGAGCUGGAGGAGAAGAGGAAGAAGAUAGAGGCUGAGAACAAGGCUCUGAAAGAUGAUAUUGCUGAUUUGGAGACCUCCUUGGCCAAGGCUGAACAAGAGAAACAGGCCAAGGACAACCAGAUCAAGGCUCUACAGGAUGAGAGAGCAGCACAAGAAGACGCGAUCAACAAGCUCGCCAAAGACAAGAAGACACUGGAAGAGCAACAGAAGAAAACGCUGGCUGACCUGCAGGCCGAGGAGGACAAGGUUAACCACUUGAACAAACUGAAGACCAAACUGGAACAGACCCUGGAUGAGCUGGAAGACAACCUGGAGCGAGAGAAGAAGAUUCGCGGCGAUGUGGAGAAAGCCAAACGUAAACUGGAACAGGACCUGAAGAGCACACAAGAAACCGUCGAGGAUCUGGAGAGAUCUAAGCGAGAGCUGGAGGAGACUCUUAGAAAGAAAGAUCUCGAAAUCAACGGCCUGAACACGAAACUUGAAGACGACCAGAAUCUCAUUGCCCAACUCCAGAGGAAGAUCAAAGAACAACAGGCCCGUAUUGAGGAGCUGGAGGAGGAGCUUGAAGCAGAGCGACAGGCCAGAGCUAAGGUUGAGAAACAAAGAAGCGAGCUUGCUCGAGAAUUAGAACAUCUGGGAGAGCGUCUGGACGAGGCUGGAGGUGCCACCGCUGCCCAGAUCGAGCUGAACAAGAAGCGAGAGCAGGAGCUGCAAAAACUGCGCCGUGACCUGGAGGAGUCGGCCCUACAACAUGAAGCCCAGAUCUCCUCUCUGCGAAAGAAGAACCAGGAUGCUACCAAUGAGCUGGCUGAUCAAGUCGAUCAGUUGCAGAAGAUCAAGACCAAACUUGAGAAAGAGAAGAGUCAACUGAAGGCAGAGUUUGAGGAAUUGCAGUCCCAGUUUGAACACGCCAGCAAGAACCGGGGUAUGUCUGAUAAGAUGUCCAAACAAGUCGAGGCUCAGAUCGCCGAACUGAACGCCAAAUUGGACGCCGCCAGCCGCCAGAUCCAAGAGCUGAAUUCCCAGAAAAACCGAGCUGCCCAGGAGAAUGCUGACCUCACCAGACAACUGGAGGAGGCUGAGCAUCGCCUUGAGGAGGCCAAGAGAGCUCUGGAGGAUGAGACCCGCGCCCGCCAGAAACUGGCUUCUGACGCCCGUCUCGAGGAGGAACAGGAAGGCAGAUCUGAGGCCCUUAGGCAGCUCAGCAAAGCCACCAGUGAGGUCCAACUCUGGCGCUCUAAAUUUGAGACUGAGGGAUCUUCCAAAGCUGAAGAGCUGGAGGAGUCUAGACGUAAGCUGCAAGCUAAACUUGCUGAUGCCGAACAAGCCGCGGAAGCUGCCAACCUGAAAGUGCAAGCUCUGGAGAAGGCCAAGAGCAGACUGCAGGCAGAGCUGGAGGACUUGGUCAUUGAUGUUGAACGCGCCAAUGCCAACGCAAACAACCUUGAGAAGAAACAGCGCGCUUUCGAUAAAACAGUUGCAGAAUGGCAGAGCAAAUACAACGACCUGCAGGCCGAGCUGGAGAACGCCCAGAAAGAGGCCAGAGGAUAUUCUGCUGAACUGUUCCGAGUCAAAGCCCAACUGGAAGAAGCUCACGACACUGCCGAGGCUCUUCGUCGCGAGAACAAGAACUUGGCUGAUGAGAUCCAUGAUCUCACAGACCAACUGGGCGAGGGUGGCCGAAGCACUCACGAGUUAGACAAAGCCCGCAGACGUCUGGAGUUGGAGAAGGAAGAACUGCAAGCAGCACUGGAAGAGGCCGAAUCUGCCUUGGAGCAGGAGGAGGCUAAAGUUGCAAGGGCUCAGCUUGAGAUUGCUUCUGUAAGAGCAGAGAUUGACCGCCGCAUCCAAGAUAAGGAGGAGGAGUUCGAGAACACUCGUCGCAACCACCAGCGUGCCUUGGAGUCCAUGCAAGCCAGUCUGGAGACAGAAGCCAAAGGCAAAGCUGAGGCUCUGCGAAUCAAGAAGAAACUGGAGCAAGACAUUAACGACCUGGAGGUGGCCGUGGACCAGGCUAACCGCGCCAAGGCCGAACUGGAGAAGAAUGUGAAGAAGUAUCAGCAGACGAUCAGGGAGCUGCAAGGGCAAGUUGAAGACGAACAGCGAAGCAGAGAGGAAGCCCGUGAGGCCUACAACGCCGCGGAACGCCGUGCCGUACUCCUGGGUUCAGAAGUUGAGGAACUCAGAGUAGCUCUUGAACAAGCUGAGAGGGCUCGUAAGGCAGCGGAGAAUGAGGUCAGUGAAGCCAACGACCGCAUCAACGAGCUGUCAGCCCAGAACACCUCCAUCCAAGGUCAAAAGAGGAAGUUGGAGAGUGACGUGCAGGCCAUGCAGACAGACCUGGAUGAGCUCAGCAACGAACUCCGCGCUUCCGAGGAACGAGCCAAGAAGGCUUUCUCUGACGCUGCUCGUCUGGCUGAUGAGCUUCGCCAAGAGCAAGAGCACAGUCUGCAGGUUGAGAAGCUGAGGAAGGCACUGGAGGCUCAGGUGAAGGACCUGCAAGUCCGCUUGGAUGAAGCUGAAGCACAGGCCUUGAAGGGAGGCAAGAAGACAAUCCAGAAACUUGAACAGAGAGUCAGAGAGCUGGAGACAGAACUGGACAAUGAACAGCGUCGCCAUGCAGAGACACAGAAGAACGCCCGCAAGGCUGAGCGCCGUCUCAAGGAGUUGACCUUCCAGUCAGAAGAGGAUCGUAAGAACCAGGAUCGUCUACAGGAUGAGAUCAACAAACUUGUUGGCAAGAUCAAGACCUACAAGAAACAAGUCGAAGAAGCCGAGGAAAUUGCCGCCAUUAACCUGGCCAAAUACCGCAAGGUACAGAACGAACUGGAGGACGCCGAAGAGAGGGCCGAUUCUGCCGAGGGCUCGCUGUCGAAAAUCAGGGCCAAAAACAGGAGCUCGGUGUCUGUGUCACGCACCAGUGCUUCACCAGGG